CGCCUCUGUGUCCACCCCGUUGCUGCGCGGCUCCGCCCCAGCCUGCCGAAGGACUCCCCAGCUGCCGCAGAAAGUUCUGAGGCUGGAAUACGAUGUCCUUGCAAGGAGCAGCAGGGGCUGACGAGCUCAUUUUCUAUGUGAAUGGCAGGAAGAUAAUAGAGAAACAUGCUGAUCCUGAACAGAUGCUGCUGUCUUAUCUGCGAAAGAGACCACUUUCAGUCCAUCUUACAGGAACUAAGUAUGGCUGUGGAGGAGGUGGCUGUGGUGCCUGUACGGUGAUGAUAUCAACUUAUGAACCAGCUUCAAAGAAGAUACGUCACUACUCAGCAAAUGCAUGCUUGCUUCCUAUUUGCUCCUUGUAUGGUGUGGCGGUCACCACAGUGGAAGGUGUUGGAAGUACAAAAAGCAGGGUUCAUCCAGUUCAGGAAAGGCUUGCCAAGUGCCAUGGCUCCCAGUGUGGUUUCUGUACCCCUGGAAUGGUGAUGUCCAUAUACACAUUACUAAGAAACUACCCAGAACCAACUUCAGAGCAGAUGACUGCAGCUCUGGCUGGGAACUUGUGCCGUUGUACUGGAUAUAGGCCAAUCCUAGAUGCCUGUAAAACUUUUUGUAAGGAAUCUGUUUGUUGUCAAAGUAAAGCAAGUGGUAAGUGUUGCUUGGAUCAUGAAGAGGAUUUGUUUGACAAGGAAGAGAAGAUUUCCACCAGAUUAUUUUCACCAGAUGAAUUCCAGCCCUUAGAUCCCACUCAGGAGCUUAUAUUUCCUCCAGAACUAAUGAGAAUGGCUGAAAAUCAACCAAAAAGAACUCUGGUUUUUCAUGGGGAACGAAUGACAUGGAUUUCACCUGUAAAUUUAGAUGAAUUACUAGAUCUGAAAGCUGCCCACCCCAAAGCACCUUUGGUUGUUGGGAACACCAUUGUGGGACCUCAGAUGAAAUUUGGAGGCAUGUUCCAUCCAAUUGUCUUUUCUCCAGCAAGAAUCCCGGAUCUGAAUGUGGUGAAGUACACGGAUGACGGAUUAACUCUAGGAGCUGCCUGCAGCCUGUCUCUAGUUAAAGACAUCUUGAGAAAUGCAAUCUCAAAGUUACCUGAGGAGAAGACAAAGAUUUUCUAUGCUGUCUUGAAGCAAUUAAGAACACUGGGUGGAGAACAGAUAAGAAACGUUGCUGUAUGUCGUCUGUUACUUAAACUGCCAAUUUCUUUAGGUGGAAACGUUGUAAGUCGAAAAUCAACCUCAGACUUGAAUCCUAUUCUGGCAGCUAGCAACUGUAUGCUUAAUCUGGCUUCAAGAGGAAGAAAGAGGCGGAUUCCCUUGAGUGAUAUUUUUGCAGAUGGAGUUGGUAACAAUACCAUUAUGCCAGAAGAGAUCUUAGUCUCUGUUCAUAUUCCCCAUUCGAGGAAGGGAGAGUAUAUCUCUGCAUUUCGACAAGCACCAAGGAGAGAAAAUGCUCUUCCAAUAGCCAAUGCUGGAAUGAGAGUCCUUUUUGAAGAAGGUACAGACAAAAUAAAGGAUUUAAGCAUUUUCUAUGGAGGUGCUGCCUCAACCACUGUCCAUGCAAAACAAACCUGUUGGACACUUAUUGGAAGACACUGGAAUGAACAGAUGCUGGAUGAAGCUUCCAGAUUAAUCCUUAAAGAAAUAGCUCUUCCAGGCUCAGCCUGUGGUGGGAAAGUAGAAUAUAAAAAUAGUUUGAUAGUCAGUUUCUUCUACAGAUUUUUUCUGGAAGUAUUGCAGUCAUUGAAAACAAUGGACUCUUGCCACUAUCCUGGCAUACCUAUGGAAUAUGAGAGUGUCCUACAAGACUUCCAAACCAAAAUGCCCCAGAGUAUCCAAAUAUAUCAGGAUGUAGAUCAGAGUCAGUCUCCCCAGGAUCCUGUGGGACGGCCUAUAAUGCACCAGUCUGGAAUUAAGCAUGCAACUGGUGAAGCAGUUUACAUUGAUGACCUUCCUUCUGUGGAUGGGGAGCUCUUCCUGGCUGUAGUCACUAGUUCCAGAGCUCAUGCUAAGAUUAUAUCUGUAGAUACCUCAGAGGCCCUUAAGGGACCGGGUGUGUUUGAUAUCAUAACAGCUGAUGAUGUACCUGCUACAAACGAGUUUCACUACUCCAGUGAUCCAGAGAUUAUAUUUGCAAGAAACAAGGUAAUUUGUGUGGGUCAGAUUGUUUGUGCUGUGGUUGCGGAUUCAGAUGUUCAUGCCAAACAAGCUGCUGCAAAAGUGAAGAUAAAGUAUGAAGUGCUGGAACCAGUGAUCUUGACAAUUGAGGAAGCUAUAAAGCACAACUCGUUCUUUGAGCCAAAAAGAAAAUUAGAAGAAGGAAAUGUUGAUCAAGCAUUUGAAACUGUUGAUGGUAUACUUGAAGGGGAGGUUCACAUUGGGGGACAGGAACACUUUUACAUGGAGACUCAGAGUGUCCUUGCUAUUCCAAGAGGAGAGGAUAAAGAAAUGGAUCUGUUUGUGUCAACACAGCAUCCAGCAUUUAUCCAGGAGAUGGUAGCUGCAAGUUUAGGUGUUCCAGCCAACAGGAUCAUGUGCCAUGUUAAACGAGUUGGUGGAGCUUUUGGUGGGAAAAUCCUGAAAGCUGGUUUACUGGCGUCAGUUGCUGCAGUGGCAGCAAACAAAACUAACAGAGCUGUCCGUCUUAUUCUGAGCCGGGGGGAUGAUAUGUUAAUUACUGGUGGCCGACAUCCUUUUAUUGGCAAGUAUAAAGUUGGCUUCAUGAAUGAUGGAAGGAUCAGAGCUGUGGAUGCCAAAUAUUACGUUAAUGGAGGAUGCACCCCUGAUGAAUCUGUCCUGGUAGCAGAAGUAUCCUUAUUAAAAAUGGACAAUGCAUACAAGAUUCCCAACUUGAGAUGCUCGGCUUACGCCUGCAAAACAAACUUGCCAUCAAACACAGCAUUUCGAGGGUUUGGCUUUCCCCAGUCAGCACUGGUGACGGAAACUUGGAUAACAGACAUUGCAGAUAAAACUGGUUUAUCACCAGAAAAGAUUAGGGAAAUAAAUAUGUAUAAGGAAGAUGAGCAGACACCCUUCAAACAAAAGUUUGAUCCGCAAAACUUAGUACGGUGUUGGAACGAAUGUAUGGAGAAAUCUGCAUACCACAGUAGGAAAACAGCUGUCGAGGAAUUUAACAAACAAAAUUACUGGAAGAAAAAAGGGAUUGCCAUUGUUCCAAUGAAGUUUCCAUUUGGACUAGGCACACGUUAUCUUUCUCAGGCUGCUGCUCUUGUUCAUAUUUAUACAGAUGGAUCUGUGCUUUUGACACAUGGUGGAAUUGAAUUGGGACAGGGUAUUCAUACAAAAAUGAUCCAGGUUGCUAGUAGGGAAUUGAACAUUCCUAUGUCAUAUAUUCACUUCCGUGAAACAAGCACAACAACUGUUCCUAAUGCAUGUGCUUCAGUUGGAUCUGCAGGGACAGAUGUCAAUGGCAUGGCUGUGAAGGACGCUUGCCAAACCCUUAUGAAACGCUUGCAGCCUAUUAUCAACAAGAACCCAAAAGGAAACUGGAAUGAUUGGAUCAAAGAAGCUUUUGAACAGAGUGUGAGUCUUUCAGCUACUGGUUACUUUAGAGGUUACAAUGAAAACAUGGAUUGGGAGAAAGGGGAAGGACAGCCAUUCACAUACUUUCUUUAUGGAGCUGCUUGUUCAGAGGUUGAAAUUAACUGUUUAACAGGAGAUCACAAGAACCUCCAAACAGACAUUGUUAUGGAUAUUGGGUGCAGCAUAAAUCCAGCUGUGGAUAUAGGACAGAUUGAAGGUGCCUUUGUUCAAGGAAUUGGACUUUAUACAAUGGAAGAAUUGAAGUACUCUCCAGAAGGAGUACUCUGUACUCGGGGUCCAGAUCAGUAUAAGAUCCCUGCUGUUUGUGAUAUUCCGGAACGGUUUAGAGUUUCCCUGCUGUCAUCUUCCCAAAAUCCUUAUGCCAUCUAUGCAUCCAAGGGGAUAGGCGAGGCAGGACUGUUCUUGGGAUGCUCUGUGUUCUUUGCUUUGAGAGAUGCGGUAACUAGUGUGAGGAAUGAAAGAGGACUGAAAAAGACCUUCGCAAUGAACAGCCCUCUGACUGCUGAACAAAUACAAGCAGCCUGCGCAGAUGACUUUACUAAGAUGGUAAUAGGAAGAUGACAAACGAUGAAUCUGCUUCUUCCAUAUCUGUGUGAAUGACAAACCAAAGACUGCACAAGAACUGAAUGGAAUGCGAAGUACUGAUUUACUGCCCCAGUUGCAUGCUAAUCAACAGACAGAUGAAUAGAUUUUCUCAUCUUCAGAAUAGAAACAGAUUCAAAAAAGAAAAUGCACGUUAUAUCUUCUAUCUUAAUUCUCUGUCCAGUAUAUUCAUUACACUACUUCACUUCAGUUACAGUAUAUAAUUAUUAAAAAUAUAUUUUCUGCAUUUGAAGCAUAUGUAUUCCACAAGAAGGAUCUGCUCAAUGGCUCUGUUGCACAUCAGCCCCAGAAAGAUCAGCUGACUUGCUGCAAGGGAAGAAAGUUAGGAUGAACUAUUAAAGGUAUGUUAGAAACCUUGCUACCACCUAAUACACUUAACUACUUUCAUAUAAUAACUGACUUUUGAAAAGCUUCAGCUGAUUUUCUGAUUGGGAUUUAAGUCAAUCCCUUUUUGAUAAUAAGUGAUGAUCUGGUCUGUAGUAAAGUCACUUUAGAUUAUUUUGGUACAGACAUCUUUGUCUUAAAAACACACAGGAAAUGAGUUAUGAUUUUCUUUUGUUAUGCCCAGCAAAUUGCUGUGGCUGACCUAUGUAUGUAGGAGAUUAAUUUUAUCCCCAAAGUUGGAAGAGUUGCUUAGAUAUACUUUCCAAUGGAGGCUUUCUUUUUCUCAUGGAGCAAGCCAAAAGCCUCUGAACUUAACAAGAAAACUCACGAGGAGUUCAGUGUGCUUUGAAUAGGAGUCUUGAUGAACUUGUCUCUGAAAAGGAUUCUGAAACAGUGCUCAGGACUAUAUUGAGCAAUGAGAGUUUAGUUAAGAGCUUUUCUCUCACUCUUGAGCACUCCUGUGAUAAAGACAAAAAUAUAUAUAUAUUACUGAUGAAAAGCUGAUCCACAAAUAUUAGUCAUCUGAUAUGCAUAAGGUGCAGUGGGAUUAGACUGCACCCAAGUAGUAGUAGUAGUUGGUGACAGGAAAAUAUAAAGCAACACUGUUUAAAAUUAUAACAGAAAACCUGGUGUUAAUAAAUUUGAUGUAUGUAUUUAUUUGUAAUUUGAGAUCAAGAAAUUACGCAGAAUAUAUCAAAGUUAAUAUACUAUGAAAUCUCCAAUCACAGUAUUCAGAUUUCAGCAUCAGAAUCCACAAAAAACUCAAUGAGAACUUCAGCCUUUCUUCUGGAGGACAAAGCUGUAAUUUGAAUUCCAAAUGCAUACAAAUACACAAAAGUCUGUGGUAUUUGGAUUUGGGACUUUGAUCUAGUAUCUGUACUUGCACAGAGAAAAGUCUUAACUUCUUAAGUCAAUGUACAGAAAUUACAUGAAGUAGUACCUGAAAAUAGUAGUAAGUUCUUUGACAGAAGUGGAACGGGGAAGAUAGUUUGUCCAACAUACGAUUUCAGUGAACCUCUGCAGCAGCUCUUCCUUACUGAGCGUGGCAAUUGCUCUUCUAGUUUACUCAUAAGUCAGAUUACUCUAGAGCCAUGAAGACUGCCAUUUGUAAUGAAAAUAAAUGGCUGUAAUUGAUUUGACACGUCAGCCUGCAGUCUCCUGUUUCACUGCUCCUCAGUUUACUGCAGACUAUUUUCUCUUUGUACCUUCGGUGCCUUCUAUGAGUUGAUACUGUAUCUGUGAAAGAAACUGUUAAUAGGGCAAACUUGUUUUGUGUUAGCUAUUAAGGUAUGAAAUCUUUGUUGUUGUAAUUUUGUUUGUGUCUCUGUAACCUCUGGGUGAAACUCAGCUGCCUAAACUGGAGUGUCUAGUACAGCAGAGACAUGAGAGAGCACACCACUAGAAUAUGGCAACUGAAAACCAAGCAGGUUAUGGCAGGUAAUCUGAAAUGGCACUACACGUGGAGUUUAGGCAGCUGAAGCCCCAUUGGUUUUUACUUCUUUUUCUUCACUUUCUUUGUAUUGCUUUGGCUUUGAUACGGUGUAAGAAAGGCAAUAAAAUUAAAUCUGAACGCUGCUGCCAUAA